AGAAAACCUAGUCACAGUUUUCCCCAAAUGCACCUAUAUAACUAAAUUCCAUCACUUCCAAAAGUCCCUUGUCUCUCCUAGGCUCCGCAACUCGUGGUUACACCCAUUCUCGGUGUAACCCAUGCGAGUCAUGGCAGCCGGGACUCAGUCCUCCGCUCACCCCAGCCCACCACCGCCUCCACAAUCACAGCCCAAAACAACAACCCCCAUCGCCACCGCCACGCCAACAGUCCUCAACAGGUACCAACUGGGACGCCUUUUGGGCAGAGGCAGCUUCGCCAAGGUUCAUCAGGCUUGUUCCAUCGUCGAUAACAGCGUCGUGGCUAUUAAAAUCAUUAGCAAGAAUGCGAAUCUUGAUUCCAACAUGGAGUCUCGAAUCGUUCGUGAAGUUGCCGCCAUGCGCCGUCUGCAGCACCACCCUAAUGUGUUGAAAAUCCACGAAGUCAUGGCUACCAAGACCAAGAUCUACCUCGUCAUGGAGUACGCCUCCGGUGGUGAGCUUUUCAACAAGGUCUUGCGCCGUGGCCGGUUCACCGAAGUCGCCGCCCGCCGCUACUUCCAGCAGCUUGUGUCGGCUCUUCAUUCCUGCCACCAAAUCGGGGUUGCUCACCGUGAUUUGAAGCCGCAAAAUCUCCUCCUUGAUCAAAACGGCAACCUCAAAGUUUCUGACUUUGGUUUGUCGGCAUUACCGGAGCAGCUGAAGAACGGGCUGCUUCAUACGGCUUGUGGUACCCCAGCUUACACGGCUCCUGAGGUCAUGGCUCGGCGUGGCUAUGAUGGUGCCAAAGCUGAUGCAUGGUCCUGUGGAGUUAUCUUAUAUGUAUUGCUUGCUGGCUUUUUGCCGUUUGAUGAUAGAAAUUUAUUAACUAUGUAUAAGAAGAUUCAAAGAAAAGGCUAUCAGUUUCCAUCUUGGAUCUCAAGACAAGCUAGAUCGGUUAUAUAUCAGCUCCUUGAUCCAAAUCCUGAAACAAGAAUGAGUAUUGAAGCUUUAAUGAAUCUUUCUUGGUUCAAGAAAUCGUUGCAGCUGAAGGGUGAACAAGAAAAUAGUUUGUUUGAUAACAGAGAUUGCAAAAUUGGCAUGGUGUCAAUGAAUGCGUUUGAUAUAAUAUCUUUGUCAUCUGGGUUGGAUUUAUCCGGCCUUUUUGAGGUGACGAAGAGGAAGGAGAAGAGGUUUACGACGGUGGAGAAGGCGGAGAGAGUGGUGGAGAAGGUUAAAGAGGUUGGUGAGAAGUUGGGUUAUAGAGUUGAGAGAGGAAAGAGUGGUGGUGUUAUAGGGUUGGGGAAGCUUGGGAGGAUGGUUUUGGUGGCACAAGUACUGGAGAUUGCACCACAAUUUUUGUUGGUGGAAAUGAAGGUAGUCGACGCCUGUGGUGGCGGCGGUGGGGCGGUGGAGUUUGAGGAGGUUCAUUGGACUGAUUUGCAGGUGGGGCUUCAGGAUAUUGUUCUUUCAUGGCAUAACAAUGAUGUAAUUGUUAUGUGAAAAAAUGGUGAAUUCAGUUAAUUGGAUGGAUAUUUUAUUAUUGUAAAUCAGUAGAAAUUUAUGUUAGUAGUUCAGCUGAAUAAAAGCUUCAGUUUGUUCCUUCA